CACCAUCAACAUUUGAUCUAUGCUGUACAACAAAAAAAUCCUGAUGAAAAUGAUUUUUAUGAAACAAUCGAACAAAAAAUUCAUUAUAAUUAUUCAUCAUUUUAUACGGAUAAUUUAUUGGAAACGUUUCAAAAUUAUCGACAUCAAACAGCCAAACAACAACAACAACAACGACAAAAAUUAUGUCAAUUAUUCAUUGGUCAUCAAAUGAUCAACAACAACAGCAAUGAUAAUUUAACAGCAACAAUAACAAUAUGUACAGAUGGUUCAAUGAAUGGCAUCAUAACAUUUGAUCAUAUGGAUGGUCAUAUUUUGAUUGAAGAACAACAUGCUCAACGACAAUACUGCCACCAUAUGAAUGUUAUUGAUGAUAAUGUUCAAACAUUAUUAUAUUCAUCAUGUGAACAUCGAAUACAAUUUAUUGGAAAUUUUAAUCAACAACAACAACAACGACAAAGAUUGAAAAGAUCCUAUUCAUCUGAACGUACAAUCGAAAUGUCCAUUGUUACUGAUCUUUCGAUGUAUUUAUAUCAUGAAAAUUCAUUACGUAAUUAUGUUUUUACAUUAAUUGCAAUGGUAUCACAUCUAUUCAAACAUUCAAGUAUUGGUAAUGAAAUCAAUAUUAAACUAGUCAAAUUAACAUCAUUAAUCGAUGAACAACAAGAAAAAAAUUGGUAUGGUUCAGCACAUAAAACAUUACGGCAUUUUUGUCGUUGGCAAUUUGAACAUAAUCAUCCAGCCGAUGAUAAUCCACUUCAUUAUGAUACGGCUAUACUGUUGACAAAAAUUGAUUUAUGCAGUAAAAAUGAUUAUAAUUCAAAUCAUCAUAACAAUGAAAUGGAUAAUCAUGAUCAUCAUCAUUAUUAUUAUGAUUGGCAAAAUCGCCGAACAAUGACAAAAAAACCACGUUCAUCAUGUGAUACAUUAGGUUUAGCACAUUCGGGACAAAUUUGUGAUCCAGAAACUAGUUGUGCAAUUGUCGAAGAUAAUGGCCUUAGUGCUGCAUUUACUAUAGCUCAUGAAUUGGGACAUUUGCUUGGUGUACCACAUGACGAUGAGGAACAAUGUAAACGAUUCUAUGCACAAACCAAUGCUGAUCAUCAAGUAGCUAAUAAACGCGCAGAAUUUAAUGUUAUGGUCCGAAUGAUUGAUUCAAAUAGCCAUAUGUGGAGCUGGUCAUCAUGUUCAAAACAUUUUAUAACCGAAUUUCUUGAUUCAGGACAUGGAGAUUGUCUUUUGGAUAAUAAUUCCGUGGAUAUACGACAAUCAUCAACAGAUGAUUCACGUGUCUAUGAAACAUUUCGUCGACGAUCGUUUAUUGAUGUUAAAUAUUCAAAAUUACCAGCCGGUGCUCUGUAUAAUGCCGAUGAACAAUGUCGUUUUGUAUUUGAUCGUAAUUCAAGUAUCUGUCUGGAUAUGCCAUAUUGUCGAAAAUUAUGGUGUACAUCGAAUACGGUUGGUGGUUGUCGUACACAACAUAUGCCAUGGGCUGAUGGUACCGAAUGUGGAAAUGGUUAUUGGUGUCAAGAAGGCAAAUGUGUGCGUAUUGAUCAUGCUGCAUUGCAUCCAAUCGAUGGUGGUUGGGGCGAUUGGUCACCAUGGUCCGAAUGUUCAUUAAAUUGUGGUGGUGGUAUUCAAAGAUCACGACGUGAUUGCACGAAUCCAAGCCCCCGAAAUGGUGGAAAAUUUUGUAUUGGUGAACGUGUACGUUAUGAAUCAUGUAAUCUAGAACCAUGUCAACAUCAAUCACACAAUGAAGAUUCGCGUGCACAACAAUGUGCCGAAUAUAAUCGUUAUAAUAUAACUUGGACACCUAAAUAUGAUGGUAUGCCAUCAUCGGAUGUUUGUGCCUUAUAUUGUGAAUCAAAUUCUGGUGAAUCACAUAAAUUGAAAUCACGAGUAAUCGAUGGAACACCUUGUUCACCGGAAUCAUUCGAUAUUUGUGUAAAUGGAAAAUGUUUAAUGGCCGGUUGUGAUCGUAUCUUGGGUAGUAAUCUUCGUAUCGAUUAUUGUGGUGUUUGUGGUGGCAAUAAUUCUACAUGUCGUGAAAUAAAUGGACAAUUCAAACCGCGAACAGUUCAACAUGGUUAUACAUUUGUUUUAUCGAUUCCACCUGGUGCAACUAAUGUUGAAAUCGUAAAAGAACCAUCAUCAACUUCAGCAGAUAAUUGGCUCGCAUUACGUGGUGAAUAUGACAAUUAUCUUUUAAAUGGUCAUUUUACCGUCAAUGUUUAUGAACGUAAAUGGUAUUAUGGUGGCACUACAGUAGAAUAUUCCGGGACAAAAUCACAUGGCUAUGAACGUAUUAAAAUCACACGUGCAAUACAUAACCCAUUACAUUUGGAAAUACUUUGUGUUGGUGAACUACAUAUACCGAUUAUUAAUUAUCAUUUUGCCGUUACCUCCGAUAAUGAUUUUAUUAGCUAUAAGUGGAUGAUUGAUCCAUAUUGGUCAACAUGUAGUAAAGCUUGUAAUGGUGAACAGGAACGUAAAUCAUUCUGUGUGGCUACGAUGCGAUCAUCAUGGCUAAUGGACAAUUCACAACCACAGAUUAAUGAAAUCAAAGUUAUCGAUGAUUAUUGUGAUCAACAAUCACGGCCAUCAACAGAAUAUCGUGUUUGUAAUGUGCAUUGUGAAUUAGAAUGGCAUAUCCAUCAACUAGGCCAGUGUUCAUCGAAAUGUGGUCAUGGAUUUCUGCAACGACAAAUUAAUUGUACACAAACAUUUAUUAAUCAUAAUGAACGUAUUUAUAUUGAUGAUUUUUAUUGUCAUCAUUUGGGCCCCAAACCAGCUGAUGUACAAAAUUGUACUGGAAAUGAUUGUAUUAUCACUUAUCAAUGGCAAUAUUCAGAAUGGUCACAAUGUACAAUUUUACAACAACAACAUCAACACCAUACUUGUGGCCAAGGACAACAGAAUCGUAUUGCACAUUGUAUAUCGACUACAUAUUUAGAUAAUGAUCCAACAAAUGUUAUACAUACAAAUGUUGGUCAAGAACUUUGUCAACAACAUUUAUCUGAACCAAUCAUACUUGUGCAAUCAUGUCAAAUUGAAUGUCCACAUUGGCGUGUUGAUCAAUGGAGUGAAUGUAAAGGAAGCUGUACAGCGAACGAUAAUAACGGUGAAAGACAUCGAAAAGUCGAUUGUAUGCAUGGUGAACAAAAAGUUGCUGAUGCUUAUUGUCGAAUAUUGGAACCAAAACCAUCGGAACGAACAUCAUGUGAAUUAAUCGAUUGUCGAGUAUCGGAAAAAAAGAUGACAGAUUUAUAUCAUCAUUUAGAUAAUCGAACAAAUGAAGCUAAAGCUUAUCAUUUUACCUCGGGAUUCAUUGAUAAAGAAUCAAUGAUUAACCAUAAUGAAAUUUAUGGCUAUCAUCAAUCUCGUCAUCAUAAUAUCGCUGCAUCAUCAUCGUCAUCAUCAUGGCAAUCGGGUGAAUGGUCUUCGUGUGAUAUACUUACACAAUAUGUUAAAGAAUAUCAUAAUCGUUUUACGGAAAAUUUUCAGUUACCCAAUUGUUUUGAUUCUAUUGAACAAGUCAACAUACUUCGUGAACGUUUUAUUCCACUUUUUCAUCUAAAUAAUAGUCUAUAUUCACACGCCUAUACAGAUCUUGCACAUUUACUUGGUUUAGAUGAAGCAAAAUUAAAACGCCGUCGUUAUGUUGCAUGUGUUAAUACGAAAAAUCAACAAGUAAUGACCGAUAAUGAUUGUGAUGGGAAUCUAAAACCAAAAUCUGAAGAAUAUUGUCCUAUUGAACAAUCUUUACUUCGAUUAAUGCCAGAAUUUAAUGUUCAUCUUUGUCCAUCAUCAUCGACAACAACCACAAUGAAUCCAUAUCAACAACAACAACAACAACCACGAUAUAUUGAAAAAAUGGAAUGGCAUACCAGUGAAUGGAGUGCGUGUUUUUGUGAUCCAAAUCGACGACGUUAUAUACGUAAACGUUCAGUUUAUUGUAUACGAUUGGCUGAUGGAAACAAUAUUCGUGAUGAAUAUUGUCAUCAUAAUCAGCCACUGUUGAUGAAACCAAAUGAAAUUGAAGAAUGUACAACGAUGAUGAUGAUGAUGACAGCAGCUGUGAAUGAAUGUGAUCCAUAUUCAAGACAAAUGUUACAAGAACAAACCGAAAUUGAUCAAUCCAAUUAUUCAACAAUAAAUUAUCGAUAUCAUGAUGAUGACAUUCGAUCAACGUCAACUACCUCGAUAAAACCGUCCAUGAUAACAACAACAUCUACCACCGAACCACCACAAAUGUCUUCCUCUAUUUUUGAUUCAUUUAAAACUACAUCUUCCAAUGUUCAACAUUCACAUCAUCAUCAUCAACAGACGCCUAUACUGCCUGUUGCUAAAACUACAUUACAGGAGCAACAACAACAACAACAACAUUAUUCAAAUUCAUUUGAUCAUCAUUCAACUAAAUCUGAAUCGAUUCUUCAUUCUUCAACAAUUGAUCGUCAGAAUUCAAUUAUUCAAAUGUCAACAACAACAACAUCAUCACCAUCCAUCAUUGAUGAUGAUGGUUGGACAGAAUGGUAUGAUUGGAGUGAAUGUUCCGUCAAGUGUGGUAAUGGCGUACAGACACGUGAACCAAAAUGUUCGAUAAUUGAAUCCAAUCAAUCAUCAUCAUCAUGUGAUGAACGACAACGACCACAAAGACAAUAUCGUUCCUGUUAUCGCAUGUGUGAUUUAUUUCAAUGGCAUUAUUCAGAUUGGUCACCAUGUCAAGCUGAAUGUGGCCAAAAUGGUAUCCGUACACGAACAGCUGAAUGUCAUGAUUGGACCGGCACUCGUGUUUCGGAUCAUUUUUGUGAAAAUCUUGAUCAACAUCAAUCGACAUCGAUCAUUCUAAAAGAACAAUGUCAUCGUAUGGAUUGUAAUAAACUAGUUUGGCGUACUGGUCAAUGGUCAGAGUGUACAAAAUCAUGCGGAUUUGGUGAACAAUUACGCACCGUUACUUGUCAUCGUAUCAAUAAGUUUGGUAUUAUUGAUCCAAGACCAUUGGAUCACCAGCAUUAUCAUCAUAAUUUGAAUUCCAUAUUACGACGUAAACGACAACGUUUUCGAACAAGACAACAGCAACAGUUUUAUAAUAGUAGCAACAGAAAUAGUAAUAAACAACGAAAAAGAACAAAAAAUCGACUACGGCGACGGCAACGACGAUUAAAUCGAAAUCAAAAUUACUAUUAUUCCUAUCAAAUGCAUAAUAAUAAUUCAGAUUAUGAUGAUGAUUAUUGGUGUGAUCCAAAUGAUAAACCAUCGGAAUCACAAACCUGUAAUUUGGGUCCAUGUCUUCAACAAUCAUCAUCGAUACUGUCCGAUGCAUUUGUAUGGCGUACCGGUGAAUGGCAAUUUUGCUCAUCACCUUGUGGUUUUGGCUAUCAACGUCGUAAAGUAUAUUGUUAUUCACAACGUAUGAAAACACGCGUUGAUCGUUCUCAUUGUGAUGUACGAUCAAAGCCGGAAAAACGCCGCCAAUGUAAUCUACGUAGCUGCGAAGUAAUCUCAUGUCAAGAUCGUCGUGAUCGUGCACGAAUAAAUAAUGAUGGUAUCUAUGAAUUAUGGAUACAAGGUACAAUGAUUCGUGUCUAUUGUUAUGGAAUGAAUUUCCUGGAAAAACCAUUGGAAUACCUAAUAUUGAAUGAGAAUACAUAUGAUGAUAAUUAUUCUGAAUCAUCAAAUAUUUAUGGUUCAAGUGAUUGUUCAAGAUAUCAACAACAACAAAGACGAAAAUCAUCCAUACAUUUUAAAUAUGUUCGAUUCGAUGCAUUGUCUAUGCAAAUUUUUGUAAAUGAUACUCGAUUUUCAAUGACCGAUAGUAAUAAUUUCGACACGCAACCAAUCGGUUAUGGCCAAGCAUUCAUACAUGGCUGUCCAUUAAAUGGCCAUCAUCAUAACAGUAUUACUAAUUGUUAUUUUUCAAAUCCUGAACAAAAUCCCUAUCAUCCUAAUACUAAUCUUGUUCAAUCAAUGUUCAGUAUUAAUCUACAAAAGACUGGAUUAAUUAUCGAUGAUGAUAUUGAUCAAUGGAUCAUUGAUGAUGGCAAUAAUGAUUUAUUGGAGAAAAACGUUCAAAUUAGUCCAAAUGGUGAAAAAAUAAUUGGAUAUUGUAGCUUUAAAACGGAAAAACUGCCAAUGCAAAUCACGAACAUACCACCAUCAUUAAAUUGUCGUAUCGGAUGUCGACCAAUCAAUGAUAUCAUUCGUAUGCGUAUACCAUGAACUAGCUCUUUUGUUUCUUUUCCAAAUGAUUGUAAUAUAUCACACAUUUUAUUAAUUGAUCACAUUUAGGACGAUAUUUUGUAAAUAUAUUUUGUACAGUGAAAAA